ACCAUCUGGCCACACUGUCAAAUUGCAAGACAAUUAAAUUCACAAAACUGAAAUUUCGAACGACAUUGCCAUACAAUUGCAAAGGAGUUUAGUUGUUAAAUAAUUUUUAAAUAUUUUAAGUAAUUUCGGUGGUGACCAUGUCUCUCUUUCCCGCCUAUGGUGAUGGCCAACAACCAACAUCGACAAGUGCAAGUGAAAAAGACAACCAAAACGACGACGAGCUGCCGGCAACCAGCGCGGUAUGGAAAUGUAACGAGAGUUUUAAUCAAAACCAAAACCAAAUUGAGCAGGUAAUAUCUGAUGAUGAUCAAAGCUCCACCAGUUCUAAUAGCGGCGAUAGCUCUGACGGCGAGGAGGAGCAGGAGGAGUUGAAAACUUCCCCCAAAACUGCAGAAUCACCUAAGCCAGGGUUGUUGCCAUUAGAAUUCGAUGGCAAGGAUGAAUUUUAUGUGGACAAAAGGGGGGAUCCAUCUCUUAGGACCCUUCAAAAAUUGUCCAAACCAGCGCGACCAAUCUACAAAACUUAUAUGCGUCGAAUUUGGGAUCCGAAACACCAACGCAACGGAAAUUUUUCGGUUGACUCCCGGCUGUCAAAAAAGAAUAGUCGUUAUACCAGGAAACAGAUGUCCGUUGAUAUAGCCAACGAUGAGACAGAGACUGAAAAACUCAAAGAUCUUCUCAAGCAGAGCAAGGUACGCGUACAGCAAGAGCCGAAAGUGCUGGAACACUGGCUAGAGCUGCAUCGCUAUUUGGGUCUCAAUUUAGACAAGGCGAAUCGUCUGGCCGUGGCGGAGCAUCAACUUCAUACCUUGGAAACGGCCCUCGAGCACCAUCCAUCCAAUGAGCAGAUUCUUCGGAUCUAUGCGGACGUUGCAAAUGCCACGUAUUCAGCCAGUGAGGUUGCUGCACGUUUCGAGAAAAUGCUCGAGAAGAACCUUUUCGAGUACACCCUUUGGACAUCGCUGAUCAUGGUCACCCAAGGGAACAUGGCACGCUGCACUGUACCGGCAGUGCUUCGGAUCUAUGAGUACUGCAUGCGUAAGAUGCAUGUAGGUCAUACCGAUGAGUCUAGCCGGCAAUUUGCCACCAUUAAUACAGAUCUCAUAAUGCUAAAACUUUUCUAUAAUUGUGCAUUGUUCUUACGUCAAACGGGCAAUUAUAACAAGAUGUUUGGCCUAAUACGUUUGACAUUGGAGUUGAAUUUCCCAGGAUUAUCGAUGGAUUGCUUGGAGGCAUGUGUCGCCAAUGAAGGCUCAAUGAUUGAAUACGAGGAAUUAUUGCUGAGUUCGGGAUUGCCAAUGACGGAGAUUUGGGCAAGAGUGGAGCGUCUUCGGCAGGCUUAUCGCUAUCUGCCUCAUACACAGUUAUCAGCCUCAAUGCUGGAUGAGAUGGAUUUUGAUCGCGAACGCUGCAUCUUCCCCAACGACGUUGUACCAUAUGCACAUUCACUUAAGUCACCAAAAAAUCAACUCCAUCUAAUGCUUUUGGUUGUCCAACUCAUAAAAGUACCAUUUUGUCGUAGCUCCUGUUUGGCAGACAAACUGAAUUCAAACAUCGAUGAGCUUGGCGAGUCCGAAGCCAUUGAGAUGCUUUUCGCUGGAUUGGGAGAUCGGCAUACUUACGCCUUGCCUCACUUUGAAGAUUGUCAAUUCAGAACAUUAAUGCUUUCCCUGGGCAAAUUUUUUUGCGGAACGCCUAGCUAUAUGCCGCACUUUGUUGGCUAUGAUAAAUAUGCGGAAACCAUCAGUGAAUUGUUAAUUAAAUCCAGUAAAGUCUUUGGACAAGAGGAGGACAAGAGGAUGGUGUUAAUGAUUGUGUGGAUGCGAUUUCAACGAAUUCUGGUAGUGAUAAACAGGCUCAUGGGUAAACUGACCUCUGAAAAUAUUGACGAGGCUCGCACACGGAUUCGUCGCCAAUUAAGAUUGCCAGAGAAUCGCAGUAAUGUACGUAUGUACACGGAAUUUGCCAUGUGGGAGUACGAGGCCGAUAAGUACUCAAAAAGCAUUGACAUUUUACGAAAGUUAAUUAAUAGUGCAUCGCAGACAGAAAUUCAUACAAAUCUUAAUUUAAUGCAUGCGUAUUUAGUUUUAGCCGAGAUUCUUAUAGACCAAUCUAUGAAUGAUGAUGCAAAUAUUGUGCUGAGUUGCCUGAUUAAAGGUAAUAGUUCACCUUCUCUUGAUGCGGAGGCUGAAAUUAGGAAUCUAAAGGAGGUAUUGAACAUAGAGAUAGCAGCCCUUGAAACACUACCGGAUGAGAUGGCAGUGGAAGAAUACUUUCAGGAAAAUAAACUAAUGAUACUAUUUCGUGCGUACUUUUUAAGUCAAGUUACUGACCCGCAUAACUUCAAAAUAGAUGUGAAUAUCAUGUUCGACAAUCUACUAAAGAACCAACUUAGCACUGAGGCGGCAAAGAACAGCGAACGAAGACGUUUUCUUCGUGAGCAUAGCCUGGAGUUGCAAGCCUUGUUGUUACAGUGCGAGUUAAGGUAUUAUGACAAUAAGAAUUUAAUGAGCAGGAUAGGAAUGCCUCAUGGUACUAAGAGAAGUGCAAAAUUACGAUUGGUUGAGCUAAUUGAUCGCGGACUAGAUGAGUUUCCGCGCAAUAUGCUGAUGCUUGAGUGUUGGUCCAAAAUUCAAACGAUGCUGUGGUACAAGCAACGUGCCCGUUUUAUACGAAUCAAAGGCGGUAUUCUCUCGAUGAUGCACUUUGUUAUCACUGCCGGUAGUCGCCACAAGCCCUCAGAUAGCCCACAAGAGUUGGGGCUGUCGGAUACUGCUGUGCAGGAUUGCAACGUAAGGAGGUCAGAUCGGCGAAUGCUUAGCAUAUUUGAGACAUUUCUUCCAACCAAUCGAUAUCGUUCGGAAAUUGAAAAGGAACAAUAUCGCGUUUUACGCAGAAAUUCGUUAUUUUGGCGAUUGUAUCUGAAAAUUCUAUCCAAUACGUCGAUUAGCUUUGAACGUCUCAAGGAGGUUCUGCUGAUGGCGUUGGACGAAUGCCCAUGGGAUAAGGAUCUAUUGAUGGACAGUGCCAAAAUAUUACCCAGUGAAGUGGUCUUUCUGCAGGAUGUAAUGACCGAGAAGGAAUUGAGGAUUUAUGCUCUUCCCGAGGAGUUGGACAUCCUGCGAAAUGAUUAAAGCAACAACAAAAAAGAACACUUGCUGGAGGCUGAAUGGCAGACAACAACAAAAACAUUAAAUGCUACAACAACAAAUUGAAACAAAAAAAAAACAACAA